UUUUUUCAUGUUGUAUUAAGUGCAUUGAAAUUUUUUUCAUCACAACUGAUAAGACGUGAAAAUUAAAAUAGUAAAAAGUGUUUCUCUGUUUGUUAACUGGUUUGUGUUCGUUUGUUGUUUAUAACUCGAAAGAGUUGUCAAACACUUCGAGAGCCUUUUUCUUAAUUCCAUUGACGCGUUUGAGUUGAAUGGAAAACAGUAAUGGAUGAUUUUUAAGUUGCGACAUUCAAUGAGUUUUUUAUUAUGAGCGAUAAUGUUUUUAUAGCUGAGAUUAUCGUGAGGAUAGUCAUUUUAUAGACUUAACUUUAACUUCUAUAGUUUAACUUUUAAGGUUAUAACUUUAGAAUGGCAAAAGUACCUAAGCGGAGGAGGAUAAAACCAGGCACUGUUUUGAUCAAAAGGUGUAUCAAGAGCAAUACGAAAAACAAAAGCUUUUCAAGUCUUUAUUCUAAAUAUCAAAAAUUAAAAAUCAAUAAUCAUGCUUUGGCAAAAGCUUUAUCACAGGAGAAGCAAGAAACACAGUUAUUAUUUAGCAGAAAUGUUGAACUCAUUGCUGAACAACAAAACCUCAUCUAUGCUUGUAACCAGCGUGACAAUCUUAUUAAAAUAAUAUACAGGAAUGCAAAAAAUUUGUUACCUAUGAUAGUGGAUAUGUCAAAGUUUGUCACAGAUACUAUAGCAGAAUGCCAAAACUUCAAUUGCAAUCUACCUACACAUCGUGCUUCUUCUAGUAGUACUGGUAGGAGAGAAUCUACCAAACGAUUAUCUAUGAAGUCACCUGCAAGAGGUGUAGUAAAACCUAUGGUUAGCGGUCAUACAAUCACCAAGCCUGUGAUUAAUCUUAGUAGAGUUAAUUUGAGUGUAAUCGCUGAAGGACCUGCUACUCCUGAAAGAAAUCACAGUCGAGUAGUUGAAAGUCGACGAUCGCGGGUAAUGCCAGAAAGGUUAGCUAUAAAUGAUCUGAGAAAUGAAGAUUCUGACGAACAUGUAAUUGUAAAUCGUCGAACAAGCCGUUUCUCAAGUGGAAGGCUGUCAUCCGGUCGAUAUUCAAAACGAGACUCUGGUCGUUUAUCUGGUAGUCUUGGUGCAAGACUGUCGAAACGCAGUUCUGAACAUAUCGAGAUCCUCAAGAGUCCUCGAGUUGCUCUGCAGGAUGUUUCAAGAUACAUGGCCAACAAUCAGAGUAUUAAUGUUAGAAUGUUUUCGGAAACAACAAACACCAACGUAAUAAACAACAUCACAACCGUCGAAGACACAGAAAUGAGCGAGUCGCAAUCGAGUCCAGAAAAUCCACUAGACGCAUCAAUGAUCAUUCCAGAAACUCAAGAAUCUGCAGAAACAUCAGAUGAUGAUGACGAUGAUACUGAAGGCUCCGAAACUAUAGUCCGUCGAAAGCAUUCGUCGAUUGUUCAACCAUCAAGCCGCAGAUCGCAAACAAUGGAGUCUGAACUGAUUGAUCCAUUGGAAGGACCCAGCUGGAUGUACUCAAGUCAAGAAGACAUGGAAUUCACUGGUGUUAACAAUAGUUCACCAUCAUCUGGUGAAGAACCUACAGCGCAAGCAGAGUCACCUCUCUCGUCACUGUCUAGUAACGAACGUAGGUCAUCUACCUGCUUCCGCAUUCCAGAGAUGCCCAAAAACCCGGGCAAAACCAAACGAAACUUGAGAGUUGGUUUUGGAUGCAUGGGACAGAAUGGCUAUACCGCGACAAGCAAUGAUCACUUGAUCGAUGACGAGGACGAAGAAGAUGAUCAAACUUGUCAAGAUAUCCGUCGUUUCAUCACUCAACGUCGUGGCCCAUCAACUCGUGGUAACUCGAGCCACUAUGACGACUAUUAUGAUGAUGACGUUGACGACGAAGACACAUUACUGUUGAAUAUUCGUCGGCCUAUACAACCUCCACCACAGCGUCGUCCACCAACCCAGCAGUUUGAACAGCCUGAACAAUCAGAGAGAAUGGCGUUUGAUAUUAACGAACUUCUGGAGCUUACACCGCUAAAGCCAUUAAGAAAUAUCAUGGCUAAGCAGGCACAACUACAAAAUCAAGUUGAGGUCGAGCCGGAGCUUACUGCUACCAUUCAGUUAACUCAAAGACUUCCAAUGCUUACUGAAACUGAAACACUCUCUCGCAUAUCGACGGUGAAAAUGCCUAUUACGGAUCAGCAGUCGACCAGUGUAUUAAGAUGUCAAGAGACUGAACGUAAAAAUGGACAUGAAAAAAGAUUUAGUGAACUAACGACGGCGAAGGUAAAUGGUAACAUUAAUUUACCACGUCUUACGGAUGUGCACGAUACCACCAUCGACAAUCAUUCGCAGUUACUCGACGAUUCGCUACCUAUUACUCAAAAAAGGAAACGAGCUGCUACAAAACCGUUGGAUUACACAGCGAGUGACGUCGAAGAGGAAGCUGAGAUUCAAAAACAGAAAAAAGUAAAGCAACCUAAGAAAAAGGAAAAAGACACGGAGAAGAGAAAGGAUCCUAGUUCAGCAAAGGUUGUCUUACAGAAAUUAAACAAUUCGCAGCAUGGCCCACAGCAAAGUGAAAGAAAGAAUUCCAAUGAAUCUAUUUCUUCUGCACGAAGUUCUGGACUGCGAAUGGAUCAGUCGAGUGAUUCUGAAAGUGCGGCAAGCAAAACUGGAAGGCCAAGGCGACAGAAAGCUCCAAAAAAUUUACAGGAGCCUAGUUUAUCAAAAAAACUAAGGCGUUUAUAGAAGGGUUUCAUAUGGUUAUAACGAGAAUUGAGCAACUCGGGGUGAUAGAAUACAUUAACAUUCACUCGAUACCUGUAAUACGCCAAUAUUCAUUAUGUAAAUAUUGUUAUGACAGACUUCAUUUUUGAUAGGCAUUUACGAGUGUUGUUAUCAUCUUCGUUAUUAAUAUAAACAUUUAAAAUUGGAAAAACAUUGUUUGCGAAGAAAAUACUCGGAUAAUAUUGUUCAGCAUUCUAAUUUUAUAGUUGUAUUCGAAGUUUGAAUAUUUAACAAAGUUGUAACGAGGUGUAACUUAUUGGAAAAGAGAGCUUAUCCGGGAGAUUUUAUAAUUGAACGAGACGAUAGUUUGUAAGUGUGAUACCUUCAUAGUUCUGAAGUUAUAUAUUUUACUGCGACUGACUGUCGUUCUAUUGGUUACGAUUAGCUUAUAAACGUUCGAAUAUUUUCUUUUAUAGGAAGAUAAAAAUAAAUUUUCGUAUAUUUCACAGAUUGUGAACAGAUUUUUGUUUGCCGAGAGAAUAAUAAUGCUUAUUAAAAUCUAAUGCACAACAGUUCGUUGUGUAUAAGUAGCAGCUCAAUAAAAAAAACCUAAAACUAGGAAUG